AAUUCGUUCACGUCAACCAAGCGACAGGUGAACGGUACGAACAUUUCAGAACGUUAGCACAGGCAUAACAUGUUUCAAAAGGUUUUUAGCGCUUUUAUUAUCUCUUGAGGUUGAUUUUAGACAUUUCUUGACUUGUCAGUUUAGCGACUUUUAUCAGAAUACGUCGAGAAACUGCUCCUGCUCUUGUGUGCAUCGAUAUAAUCUGUCCGUGUAGAAACACACGUCAUUUUUAUUCCCAAUACUUCCGCAAGCAAGGAAGACAGAUCAACUGAAACACAGCAGGGUCUCAUAUGGCACACACUGGCAGGAAAGAUGCUCCUGAACUUCCAGACUUUGCUCUGCUUAAAAGAUUGGCCAAGGAUCAGCUCAUCUAUCUCCUGGAACAGCUCCCAGGGAGAAAGGACUUGUUUAUUGAUGCAGAUUUGAUGAGCCCACUUGACCGAAUAGCCAAUGUGACCACACUUAAGCAACAUGAAGUGGACAAACUCUAUAAAGUUGAGCGCAAACCAAUCGUCAGCGUUUCAGACCAACUCUGCUUCCUGAUACGCCCUCGAAUCCAGACAGUGAAGUGGAUUGCAGAAAUAGUAAACUCCGACAAGGCAAUGGGAAGGUUCAGAAGAUAUAAAAUUAUCUUUACACCUCAAAAGUUCUAUGCCUGUGACACAGUUUUAGAGGAACAGGGUGUCUAUGGUGAUGUAACAUCUGACGAAUGGGCUUUCUACCUCCUUCCCCUUGAUGAUGAUAUUAUCAGUCUGGAACUGCCUGAAUUCUUCAGAGAUUAUUUUCUGGAGGGAGAUCAACGCUGGGUGACGACUGCAGGAAGUGCCUUACAUCUGUUACACUCCCUCUAUGGUCCCUUCUCAAAGGUCUAUGGGAUUGGACGAUGUGCCAAGAUGGUGUACGAGUCAUGGAGGGAGCAGGUGGAGGACGGGGAGCAGAAAGCACAGCAACCUGAGAUUGGCAAUGUUUUCCUCAUCGAUAGGGACGUGGACUUUGUUACUCCUCUCUGCUCUCAGGUGGUCUAUGAGGGACUAGUGGAUGACAUUUUCAGGAUUAAAUGUGGUAGUGUGGAGUUUGGUCCUGAGGUCACCUCCUCUGACAAGAGUGUAAAAGUGAUGCUUAACUUUCAAGAUAAGGUGUUCAGCGAAAUCAGAAACGAGCACUUCUCCAAUGUAUUCGGCUUUUUGAGUCAAAAAGCCAGAAGUCUUCAAACAGCAUAUGAUAAACGGCGUGGAAUGGAUAUUCAGCAAAUGAAGACGUUUGUUUCAGAGGAGCUUAAAGGUCUGAAACAGGAGCACCGUCUUCUCAGCCUGCAUAUUGGUGCAAGUGAAUCUAUAAUGAAGAAGAAAACCAAGCAAGACUUCCAGGAAUUGCUAAAGACUGAACAUUCUUUACUUGAAGAUUUUGAGGUUCGAGAAUGUAUUGGCUUCAUCGAAGAACACAUUAACAGACAGGUGUCUAUGAUCGAAAGCCUGAGGCUCCUUUGUCUGUUGUCUCUUACUGAAAAUGGACUCCUACCAAAAGACUAUCGUGCUCUAAAAGCUCAGUACCUCCAGAGUUAUGGCAUAGAGCACCUACUGACCUUUGCGAACCUGAGGCAGAUUGGACUGUUGGUGGAGCAACAGCCUGGAGAAGCCCUAACAGCGGUGGAAAGCAAAGUGGGCAAACUGGUCAAUGACAAGACAGCUGGAAAGCUGACUGAUGCAUUCUCCUCACUGGCCAAGAAAAGCAAUUUCCGAGCGCUGAGUAAAAAGCUGAUGCUUAUACCUAAAACAGGGGAGGAGUAUGACCUCCGAGUCCCACGGGACAUGGCUUAUAUCUUCAGUGGAGCUUACAUCCCUUUGAGCUGCAAACUGAUUGAACAGGUAUUGGAGCGAGAUGGCUGGACAGGACUUGAGGAAGUCACACGACUGUUAAAUGGACAUGAGUUUGCAGUCACAGGAGGUACCAGUGGGACUGAAGCACGAAUAAAAACAGACCCUCAAAGAAUUAUUCUUGUGAUGUUCCUGGGAGGAUGUACCUACUCUGAGAUGUCAGCCUUGCGCUUUAUAGGGAGAGAGAAAGGCUAUAAGUUUAUUGUGGUAACAACAGCGAUCACAAACAGUGCCAGACUGCUGGAGGCUCUGUUGGAAUAUCCAGCCUGAAUCCUCAGAAAGUGCUGUCCUCAUGGUGGCCUGUGUACAGGAUGGAGCUGAGCUGAGCAGAGCAUUGUAGAGGACGUUUUACUCUCAAUUACAAAUGGACAUGAAGGCCGUCAGUAAAAACAAAAGCACUACAUUAUGUCAUGUUUUGUUUUGUGACACAGUGAAGCAGCAGGAACAAAAUGCCACUUGGGAGUUUUUCAUAUUGUGUCCAGAUAACACCAAGAGCUCCACUGUGGGCAAUAAACGUGUGUUUGUUUUUUAA